AAGAAAAGUUGAAAAAGAGUUUCAUUUCUUAAAUUUUGUUAUCUUUAAAAAUGUAAUUUAAUUUUAACAACAAAUUGGUCUUCAAACUAAACGACAUCGUUUAGCUUCCGGUUUCCUUGGAACUUCUUCUCCGUUUUGUUCCAGGGAAGAGACUUCCAACUCUGAGGAGGAAGACUCGUCAAAGGAAAGAAGUUCUGAAAGAAAGAGAAGAUGUUGAGGAACAUAAUAUAUUAUUUUGUAUUAGUAAUUGUUGUAAUUUCAUCAGCCGCCGUUAUUGUAUCGUCAUCAGGAGAACAGCUAAGCUCAAAGCAAUGUGAGGAUCUGGGUUUCACUGGUUUAGCCCUUUGUUCUGAUUGCAACACUUUUUCUGAGUAUGUCAAGGACAAAGAGUUGAUAUCUGACUGCUUGAAGUGUUGCACGGAAGACUCGGAUGAUUCCACUAGUAAGAUUACAUAUUCAGGUGCAAUAGUGGAGGUGUGCAUGAGGAAACUGGUAUUCUAUCCUGAAAUUGUUGGUUUCAUUGAAGAAGAGAAGGAAAAGUUUGCAACUGUUAAAGUUCAAUAUCUUUUCAAUUCUCCUCCCAAGUUGAUCAUGUUGGAUGAUGAGGGCCAACAUAAGGAAACUAUAAGAAUUGAUAAUUGGAAACGUGAACACAUGCUGCAAUUCCUGCGGGAGAAAGUUAAACCCAAUUUGGCAAGCUCAUAGACUGAUUUAUUCGUUCAUGUUCCAGUUUAUGUGAGAGAAAUUAAAACCCAAUUCAGCAAGAUUGAGUGAUUAUUCAUGCUAGCCUUUGUCGUUUUACGUCAUGUGCAUCAUUAUGACCCAUUAAUUCUCUUUAUCUAGACGAACUACAAAUAAUGGAGUAUACAGUUAAUUACAUACUACUAUAACGUGAAGUGACAUGAAUGAAUGCUGGGCCCGUAUAAAGUAAGGGUUCAUCUAUUAUGCCUCAUAAUGGGAUUCUAAUUGGAUUGCAUUAGUUGUACUUUGAUGGAAAGUUGAUAACAUUUCCUGGCUGGUUAUUCAAUUGAUCUUCCUAAUAUGUCUGUUUGUGUUCGUGUAUGAUACCAACAUGUCUUCAGGGUUUUGCAUUAGCGUGGACUGCUGGACCUGGAGUUAGAAUAAGACAUGAACUUUCACUUCUGAAUUCACAAGGUCCUAACCGUCCUGAUUGAAAUGCUUGUGCUGUUUGAAGAUCAGGAAAUAUAGACAGGCAAAAAACGCCCCGUCACAUCUAAUGAUGUGUGUGGCUAUUGAAGGAUGCGUUUUGAGGGUGUUGGUUGUGAACUUUAAUUGUUCAAGACUUUUGUGCAAUUUAGGUGUUGAUGUGUAAUACAGGGAGGGUCUUGCCUGGUGGCUGGUGCCAAUGUAGGGGUCAGUGACCAAAUUUGUCAACCUGAAAGCGUCCCUUAUUUGAGCAGUAAUGCGUGAAUGCUUGCUGAUGGUGGUCCAAGAUUCAGAUCAACGGUGACUUAACAACUGGUAAAGAAAUCCCUUGAUGGAAGACACUCAUUCCAGAACCGGUGAACUGCAACCUGCAAGGAACUUUCAAUGGCAGAGUGGAAAACUUUGACCUAAGAGCAUCAAGAAAGUCAAACUGUUCAUUAAUGCCAUUGUUGAAUAUUAGAUACUGCCAAUCUACUAGGUUCAUAUAGUUUUCACCUCUCUGAUAAUGUGUACAUAUUUCAAAGAGAGACCAGGCUGCUGAAAGGCCAGGCUUACUUCAAAAGGCCAACCCCCACCCUGACCAUAGCUUAGCACAUUUUGCUAGCUUGGCUAGCACCUUAAGCAUUUGAGAUCAUCAAAAGCAGCUCAAAAAUCCCUAAUGCUUCCCUCUAUCUAGUCAGUUGGUUCAUGAGAAUCAGUUGGUUCAUACAUUCAUCUUAAUACAUAACAUUUAAUAAAUCUGAAAUUUAAAUUUCAAUAUUUGUAAUAUUUUUUCACUUUCAUAUUUGAUCCCUUUUAUAAAAAAAAAAAAAUCCUAAUUUUUCCCUCCUGGUCUUGAAUUUCUUGCAAUUACCAACAUGCAACCUCUUUAUGGAAAAUUAGAGACCAAGAUAAUCAUUAAGAAAUUUAGUUCCAAAAGUAAAUUUUGCAUAAAUUUGGAACACACAUUCUUUAAGCAUAAAUAUUAAC